AUGGAUAAUGUUGAUGGCUUCAAGGAACUUUUUAAUGCUCUGACAUCCGUGUCACAUGCCAGCAGUUAUCCCAGCAUCUUACCAAGCAGCCACCUUUCAAUUCUCAAAGAAAUGGAACAAUUCCAAAAACUGCUUCUAGCAGUCAUUACUCAUCCUCCAGUCUUCCAAAUCGACAGAAACAGUAACGGAACAAUGGGAUCCAAUUAUUUUUAUAUCCUUCGGAAACUCAUGCUCAACUGGAAUAACCUACAAAAUAAUUUGGUACAGAAUAGUUAUAAUGCCAAUGUAAGAUUAUUGGAGAAGUGGUUGCUGACUAACUCAACAGAUUUCUCAUCAUUAAAGACACCAAUUUACAGCAUCAACAAAGACCUCCUUGUUCAAUACUAUGCUUUGGAUUUUAUAAACAAAGAACUCACAAAGAUUAAAGAAACAAAUGGCAGUUGGAUGAUACAAUUUCUAAGUUCCUUUGAUGUGAAAAAUCUAUUAGAAUUAAUGCAAUCAUCUCCACAAAGUGGUAGAAUUGUGUUAGAAACAGUCAUAAAGUUGAUUGAAGAGCCAACCAAGUUGCUACAUCUGCUUGAUAGUAACAAAUGGAGUGUUGUUUGUCAGAAUGUGUCGGUUUUUAGAGAAAUGUUUGCUUUGGACACCUCCAAACAGGCAGGUAAUGACACAGUAUUGCAAUCAAUGUUUUGCAAGGAUGUUCUUCAAAAAGUCAACUUUAACAAACUACUACAAGACUUACAAAGCAACAAAGACUUUCAACAGAUGUUUACAUUAGUCUCUGACGUUCUUCAGUCUAAUUUGUUUCUGGUAAAUCACACAAGAAUCAGCCUAUCUCAAUUCAUCAAUGCUCACAUCACUUUCCAAAACAUUGUUAAUUCCUUGAAUUGGCAAAAGACCUUGAUGCUUACUAACAAUACGAUGGUUUCACAAUUUCUUCAACAUCUUAAAGCUGAAUGGUCAAAAUACACAAAUUCUCGCAUGCUAACUGGCUUACCACUUGUGCUUCCUGUAAUUGACAAACUAUGGACAAACAUCUAUGAUUUUCUACCAAUUUCUUUCAAGUGGCAGCAUCAGCAGUAUUACAUUCAGGUGUUGUCAAGCCAGAAGGUCUUGGAGUUUAUAACUCUACAUUUGGAACAAUUAAAUGGUACAACAGAUCUAAAAAAUUAUUUCCAGUCACCAACCAUCACACAAUUUAUUGACCUUCUUGAACAGAGUCCUACACUUGUUGACCUCCUACUAAGUACUUUUUGGCAGAUGAUUCAGCAACCCCAAAAGAUUUCAUUAUGGUUCCAGGACAAUUUUGAUAUUAAUAGGACCGUGGCCACAGUGGGUUCCAUUGGCGAUGUUUUAAAGGUCAUGACAGGCAGUAACUUACCUGCCAGUUUAUCCCAGCUGAUCAGCAUAAACGACCAAAGUCUAUUGCUUCAAAGUUAUAUCAUGGAUUUCCUGAAUUUGCAUCUGACAAAAAUCAAUGGGACAAAGAAUUUUGUACUGUUGCACUAUGUGAAUUCAUCUGAACUGAGUAAAUUGUUUAAGCUUCUUGAAGAAGUGCCAAAUGCUGUAAAAGUUCUUCUACAUACAAUUUUACGUUGGAAUCAAAAACCUGAAGAGGUCCAAAAUCUGUUAAAUACGGUCGACUGGGGUCAAAUGUGCAACAACAGUGCAUUAUUCAAUCAAAUAUUUGCAACAGAUAUUUUGGGAAGCGAAAAAGCAGACUUUCAUGGCACAAUCUGCAACAGAGUGCUACUGCAUGGUGACUUCAGCAAACUCCUUUCUGAAUUGAAUAGAAAUGUGGAGGGAUUCAGUACUCUUUAUUCAUCUAUUAAUCAAUUAUACAAAACGGGUUAUCGUCCCAAUGAACAGAGGCUAUUGGUACAUUCAUCAAUUUCCAUUUGGAAAAAAAUCAGUGCCACAAAGAAGUUUGUAUUGCAGGAUUUUCUGAAUUCAGAAGAUAUCAAGAAAUUGGUUGCAUUGCUUGAGGCAAGUCCUGAUGUUGUCAGUGUUUUCCUAAAUACGAUUCUACGUUGGAACCAAAAACCACAAGAGGCUGAAAAGCUGUUAAGCACGGUCAAAUGGGACCAGGUAUGCAACAAUAGUGCAGUAUUCAGUCAAAUAUUUGCAACUAAUGUUUUGGGAAAUAGAGCAGCCCAGUUCCAAGCUAAAGUCUGUGCCAGUGUAUCUUUCCAAGAAUUCUUCAACAGACCAUGGAUGGAAAUUCUUUCAAAGAUUCACGGAUUCCAAAGAUAUAUCACCUUAGUUGAUCAAUUAUACAAUGCCAGUUUUCCAUUGGAUGCAGUGAAGAUCAAUUUCACAGAGAUUUUCUUGAAUUCGGCCAAAUAUCAGAGUUUAAUUGAUUCAUUAAUUAUGAAUCCUCCCCAAUUAGUGAUUGGAACUGAUAACAGUUGGAUGAAUGUCUCUUCAUAUAUGAAAGACACCAAAAAGUUUCUUGCGGCCUUUGAAAAUGAACAGAUGAAUUUGGAAAAUGCCAGUCUACCAACUAUUUUGGCAACAAUUGGAGAAUCUUUGAAUAUGGCAUUCAGCGAGAUACCAGCAACGGUUGAUCCUGUAUUGUCAGAAAUGAAACGCCAACUCCUAAUGGAAAGCUAUUGGUACACAUUCAUCAAUUUCCAUUUGGAAAAAAUCAGUGCCACAAAGAAGUUUGUAUUGCAGGAUUUUCUGAAUUCAGAAGAUAUCAAGAAAUUGGUUGCAUUGCUUGAGGCAAGUCCUGAUGUUGUCAGUGUUUUCCUAAAUACGAUUCUACGUUGGAACCAAAAACCACAAGAGGCUGAAAAGCUGUUAAGCACGGUCAAAUGGGACCAGGUAUGCAACAAUAGUGCAGUAUUCAGUCAAAUAUUUGCAACUAAUGUUUUGGGAAGUAGAGCAGGCCAGUUCCAAGCUAAAGUCUGUGCCAGUGUAUCUUUCCAAGAAUUCUUCAACAGACCAUGGAUGGAAAUUCUUUCAAAGAUUCACGGAUUCCAAAGAUAUAUCACCUUAGUUGAUCAAUUAUACAAUGCCAGUUUUCCAUUGGAUGCAGUCGAAAAGCUGUUAAGUACAGUCAAAUGGGAUCAGGUAUGCAACAAUAGUGCAGUAUUCAGUCAAAUAUUUGCAACUGAUGUUUUGGGAAGUAGAGCAGCCCAGUUCCAAGCUAAAGUCUGUGCCAGUGUAUCUUUCCAAGAAUUCUUCAACAGACCAUGGAUGGAAACUCUUUCAAAGAUUCACGGAUUCCAAAGAUAUAUCACCUUAGUUGAUCAAUUAUACAAUGCCAGUUUUCCAUUGGAUGCAGUAAAGAUCAAUUUCACAAAGAUUUUCUUGAAUUCGGCCAAAUAUCAGAGUUUAAUUGAUUCAUUAAUUAUGAAUCCUCCCCAAUUAGUGAUUGGAACUGAUAACAGUUGGAUGAAUGUCUCUUCGUAUAUGAAAGACAUUAAAAUGUUUAUUGCGGCCUUUGAAAAUGAACAGAUGAGUUUGGAAAAUGCCAGUCUAUCAACUAUUUUGGCAACAAUUGGAGAAUCUUUGAAUAUGGCAUUCAGCGACAUACCUGCAGGUGUUGAUCCUGUAUUGUCAGAAAUGAAACGCCAACUCCUAAUGGAAAGCUAUUGGUACACAUUCAUCAAUUUCCAUUUGGAAAAAAUCAGUGCCACAAAGAAGUUUGUAUUGCAGGAUUUUCUGAAUUCACAAGAUAUCAAGAAACUGAUUGCAUUGCUUGAGGAAAGUCCUGAUGUUGUCAGUGUUUUCCUAAAUACGAUUCUACGUUGGAACCAAAAACCACAAGAGGUCGAAAAGCUGUUAAGUACAGUCAAAUGGGAUCAGGUAUGCAACAAUAGUGCAGUAUUCAGUCAAAUAUUUGCAACUGAUGUUUUGGGAAGUAGAGCAGCCCAGUUCCAAGCUAAAGUCUGUGCCAGUGUAUCUUUCCAAGAAUUCUUCAACAGACCAUGGAUGGAAACUCUUUCAAAGAUUCACGGAUUCCAAAGAUAUAUCACCUUAGUUGAUCAAUUAUACAAUGCCAGUUUUCCAUUGGAUGCAGUGAAGAUCAAUUUCACAAAGAUUUUCUUGAAUCAGGCCAAAUAUCUGAGUUUAAUUGAUUCAUUAAUUAUGAAUCCUCCCCAAUUAGUGAUUGGAACUGAUAACAGUUGGAUGAAUGUCUCUUCAUAUAUGAAAGACAUCAAAAUGUUUCUUGCAGCCUUUGAAAAUGAACAGAGGAGUUUGGAAAAUGCCAGUCUAUCAACUAUUUUGGCAACAAUUGGAGAAUCUUUGAAUUUGGCAUUCAGCGAGAUACCUGCACAAGUUGAUCCUGUAUUGGCAGAAAUGAAACGCCAACUCCUAAUGGAAAGCUAUUGGUACACAUUCAUCAAUUUCCAUUUGGAAAAAAUCAGUGCUACAAAGAAGUUUGUAUUGCAGGAUUUUCUGAAUUCAGAAGAUAUCAAGAAAUUGAUUGCAUUGCUUGAGGAAAGUCCAGAUGUUGUCAGUGUUUUCCUAAAUACGAUUCUGCGUUGGAACCAAAAACCACAAGAGGCUGAAAAGCUGUUAAGCACGGUCAAAUGGGAUCAGGUAUGCAACAAUAGUGCAGUAUUCAGUCAAAUAUUUGCAACUGAUGUUUUUCUAAGUAGAGCAGCCCAGUUCCAAGCUAAAGUCUGUGCCAGUGUAUCUUUCCAAGAAUUCUUCAACAGACCCUGGAUGGAAACUCUUUCAAAGAUUCACGGAUUCCAAAGAUAUAUCACCUUAAUUGAUCAAUUAUACAAUGCCAGUUUUCCAUUGGAUGCAGUGAAGAUCAAUUUCACAAAGAUUUUCUUGAAUCAGGCCAAAUAUCUGAGUUUAAUUGAUUCAUUAAUUAUGAAUCCUCCCCAAUUAGUGAUUGGAACUGAUAACAGUUGGAUGAAUGUCUCACUUUACCAAGGAAAAAUAAACAUGUUCUUGAAAAUUAUUCAGUUGUACUAUUUGGAUGAAAGGCUUCCAUUCUCACAGGACUUGAUAAAACUUAUCACUGGCUUGAACAAAGAGAUGCUGCCAACAGGUAUCACCACGCAAUUGAUUCAUGUCAAUCAAAACCUUGUCAUCUUGCACUCACUCAUGGAACUUAUUAACCCUAUCCUGAAGAAUGUUUCACAAAAUCAACAUAUAAACAUUUUGGACAUGGCCAACUCUGCAGAAAUGGUGCAAAUCCUUUCACUUCUCCAAGUGUCACCAGAUUCAGUCGAAAUAUUCUUGAAAUUGGCAAUGAAAAUUCUCCAAAACCCUCAAAGGAUCUUACCUUGGCUGAACCUUGACCAAUGGAAGCAGCUGUGUCACCCCUCAAUAAAUGGUGCUUUGAUGUCUUCCCUUUUUGGUAAUGUCAGUGCUUCCCAACUUCCAUUUGCAAUCAAGCAGAUUCAUAGCAUGCUUUGUUCUUUUCUUCAACAAAAUGUUACCCUUGAGACAUUUAUCAGCCAAAUAUCUCCAAUUCCUGGCUUCUCAAAGUUCUAUAAAAUGAUUUCAACUAAUACUUUCACCAAUAUGUCUGUCAACUCAACUGCACUGGUUGCCGAAGUGAAACAGUUUCAAGCAUAUCUGAUGUCUCUAUCAGCCAAUCCCCCAGUUUUAUACUGGAACCUGGAGAAAAUACUGCCCAGGAACAACAGUCUUUUACUGAACAUAUUGGACAAAUAUAACAAAAAAAUAUUGUCAUCAGACACAAAGAGUAUUGUCUCUCGCUUGAAAAUUCUUGAUGACUUGCUCAGUCAACAUCUUCCAUCAGCAGUCAUCUCCCGUUUCCAAAUGGUCAAGAAGUACCUCCUUAUUCAACAGUCUCUCAUGCAAUUGCUUAAUCAGCCACUAAAACAAAUUAAUGCUACAGGAGAGUUUAUUCUUAUGGAUGCUGUGAAAUCGCAAGAAUUGAAAAAGAUUAUUUCUCUGGUUCUGGCUUCCCCAGGAAUGGCAAAUCUCUUGCUGGAAACAUCACUGCAAUUGUUAAAUGAUUAUCAAAAGAUUUCAUCUAUUAGCAACCCAGGCACAUGGCAGAACAUCUGCAACAACCCCCAACUAUUAAACAAGGUCUUCAAUCAGACAGUUGCCGCCUAUUACUAUGUGAAUUUGACCCAGCUGCAGUCCAGAUUAUGUAAAGAAGUGAAUGGUACCAAAUUGUGGAUUGAAUUACAACAGAACUUUGACCCCAGUGGCCAAAUUACUCAUCUCUUGAUGCCAACCAGAAAUGUGACAAUAGACUAUACAGCAGUAGCAGAUGAAGUGACACUAUUUUAUAAUCUGCUUAUGUCCCUGUCAUCCCAUAAGAUGCUGACCUUCAAGGUGACAAAGGAUGACAUCUGGUGGAGUGACAACUUUAAUAAGUUGAUUGAGUCCUUUGUCAAUACUACAAAAAUGCAACCCAUUCAGUUCAAGUAA